AUGCGCCUUGAAGAGAGGAGCCAGCUGGUGCUGGCAGUCAGUGCUGUCCGAGGGGCAGUCUGUGGUGUGACCGCCUAUAAGAAAGGCGCCGCGCUCGGGCACUGGGGCUGCAGGCGGCGGGGGCGCAGCGCGCAGCGGAGAGCCGAGGCCGUCCCACCGCCUGGGACCCCGGGCAGAAUGUCCGAGUCCAGGAGGAGGGGCCGCGGCCGCGGCAAGAAGCCCCGAGAGGGGAGGAAGCGGGAGCGGGAGCGGGAGCCCGACCCUGGGGAGAAAGCUACCCGGCCCAAGCUGAAGAAGAUGAAGAGCCAGACCGGACAGGUGGGUGAGAAGCAAUCACUGAAAUGUGAGGCAGCAGCUGGUAACCCCCAGCCCUCCUAUCGCUGGUUCAAGGACGGCAAGGAGCUCAACCGCAGCCGUGACAUUCGCAUCAAGUAUGGCAAUGGCAGAAAGAACUCACGACUGCAGUUCAACAAGGUGAAGGUGGAGGACGCCGGGGAGUAUGUCUGCGAGGCCGAGAACAUCCUGGGGAAGGACAGCGUCCGCGGCCGGCUCCACGUCAACAGCGUGAGCACCACCCUGUCAUCCUGGUCUGGACAUGCCCGGAAGUGCAACGAGACAGCCAAGUCCUACUGUGUCAAUGGUGGCGUCUGCUAUUACAUCGAGGGCAUCAACCAGCUCUCCUGCAAGUGUCCUGUGGGAUACACCGGGGACAGGUGUCAGCAGUUCGCAAUGGUCAACUUCUCCAAACACCUUGGAUUUGAAUUAAAGGAAGCCGAGGAGCUGUACCAGAAGAGGGUCCUGACUAUCACCGGCAUCUGCGUUGCUCUGCUGGUCGUGGGCAUCGUCUGCGUGGUCGCCUACUGCAAGACCAAAAAGCAGCGGAAGCAGAUGCACAACCACCUCCGGCAGAACAUGUGCCCAGCCCACCAGAACCGGAGCUUGGCCAACGGGCCCAGCCACCCCCGGCUGGACCCUGAGGAGAUCCAGAUGGCAGAUUAUAUCUCCAAGAACGUGCCAGCCACAGACCACGUCAUCCGGAGGGAAACUGAGACCACAUUCUCUGGGAGCCACUCCUGUUCUCCUUCUCACCACUGCUCCACAGCCACACCCACGUCCAGCCACAGACACGAGAGCCACACGUGGAGCCUGGAACGUUCUGAGAGCCUGACAUCCGACUCCCAGUCAGGCAUCAUGCUGUCUUCAGUGGGCACCAGCAAGUGCAACAGCCCAGCAUGCGUGGAGGCCCGGGCACGGCGAGCAGCAGCCUACAGCCUGGAGGAGCGGCGCAGGGCCACCGUGCCUCCCUACCAUGACUCCGUAGACUCCCUGCGUGACUCUCCACACAGUGAGAGGUACGUGUCGGCCCUGACAACGCCAGCGCGCCUCUCUCCCGUGGACUUCCACUAUUCACUGGCCACGCAGGUGCCGACUUUCGAGAUCACAUUCUUUAGAUUGGAUGCAUGGUCACGCUGGGACCGAGAAGAGCCACUCAACAGUAACAUUUACGAGGUGUUCCCCUGGCUGCUGGGGCAUCUGGCCAAGGGGCUGAUGCAAAUUGCUCUGUUUCAAACUCAGUCUCAGAACUCUGGCCCAGUUCCUACCCUGGAGCUACAGGUCGGACUGAGGCAACAGUUUCCGGACCCAGAUCUGUACAAGAGGCCACCUCUGGAGCUCAGAGAUCUGGCAGCACCAACAUAA